GCGGCCAGCGCAGUUAUCUGCAGGCGCUCAGCAGGAUCACAGAGAGCCGCCGCCGCCGCUGAUGAAGAUGAAGAUGAUGAUGAUGGAGAUGCAGAAUAAUAACAAUAAUAACGGAUAUGGUUUGGAUGAGUACAUGAUCCAGGAGGAUGACUGGGACCGAGACCUGCUGCUCGACCCCGCCUGGGAGAAACAGCAGAGGAAGACGUUCACAGCCUGGUGUAACUCUCACCUGAGGAAAGCAGGAACGCAGAUCGAGAACAUCGAGGAGGAUUUGAGGAACGGGCUGAAGCUGAUGCUGCUGCUGGAGGUCAUCUCAGGUGAAAGGCUUCCCAGACCAGACAGAGGAAAGAUGCGCUUCCACAAAAUCGCCAAUGUGAACAAAGCUCUGGACUACAUCACCAGUAAAGGAGUGAAGCUGGUGUCCAUCGGCGCUGAGGAGAUUGUUGAUGGGAAUGUGAAGAUGACUCUGGGAAUGAUCUGGACCAUCAUCCUGCGCUUCGCCAUCCAGGACAUCUCAGUGGAGGAAACCUCGGCUAAAGAAGGGCUCCUGCUGUGGUGUCAGAGGAAAACGGCCCCGUACAGGAACGUCAACGUACAGAACUUCCACUGCAGGUACCAACGUGAAGAUACAGUUUAUUUCACAUGCUUUAUUUUCAUUUUCGUCCUGCUAAAAUACAACAAUACCGUCCUGCUGAACUCAGGAACAGAUUUAGCGAGCACAGCUGUCUGCGUGUCAUGUUUCGAUCAUGCACCUCAUGACCUGACGGCCUUCAGCAAUCCAUCCCAGAAUGCAAUGCAAAUAUUACCCUCUGAUGUGUGUGCAAUGGUGGACUCACUUAGAUCAUGCUGUUUAAGGUUAAGCAGUGUUUUAAGCAUAUGUCGCAGUGUUUGUUCUUGUAGUUGUGAGUUUAGUUCUUGUACGUGUGACUGUAUUUGUCUCUGUGCUCCAGACAUCGUUAACACCCCGAAGCCUGACGAGCGGGCCAUCAUGACGUAUGUGUCCUGCUUCUAUCACGCGUUUGCUGGAGCAGAACAGGCAGAAACGGCGGCUAACAGGAUCUGUAAAGUGCUUGGAGUGAAUCAGGAAAAUGAGAAACUGAUGGAGGAAUAUGAACGACUGGCCAGUGAGUUGUUGGAGUGGAUCCGUCGCACCACGCCGUGGCUGGAGAAACGAACCCCUGAGAACACAGUGGAGGCCAUGAGACAUAAGCUGGAGGAUUUCAGAGACUAUCGCCGCAUUCACAAACCACCCAAAGUCCAGGAGAAAUGUCAGCUGGAGAUCAGCUUCAACACACUGCAGACCAAACUCCACAUCAGCCACAGACCCGCGUUCAUGCCCUCCGAGGGGAAGAUGGUGUCUGACAUCGCGGCGGCGUGGCAGGGUCUGGAUCAGGCUGAGAAGGGUUAUGAGGAGUGGCUGCUCACUGAGAUCAGGCGUCUGGAGCGUGUGGAGCAUCUGGCUGAGAAGUUCCAGCAGAAAGCAGCAACACACGAGAGCUGGGCGCAGGGUGAGAUACUGCAGGACACACACCAUAACACACUGACACAAACGCUUUUAAAGGAAUACCGUUGUGAGUCUGAGCUGAUGCUGCUCUCCACUGGGAACAUGAUGCACUGCAGUGAUGUGAAGAAGUUGGUUCCUCAGAGAGACGGUGCCCUGCAUGAGGAAUUGUCCCGACAGCAUGCGAACGAGAGACUCAGACGACAGUUUGCAGCACAAGCCAAUGCCAUCGGACCCUGGAUACAGACACGCAUGGAGCACAUGCGUGUGGGAUGGGAGUCACUGCUCACCACCGUCGCUCGCACCAUCAACGAGAUGGAGACGCAGAUCCUGACGCGUGACGCUAAAGGAAUCAGCCAGCAGCAGCUCAACGACUUCAGAUCCUCCUUCACACACUUCGACCGGAAGAAGAAGGGUGGCAUGGAGACGGAUGAUUUCAGAGCCUGUCUGAUCUCCAUGGGCUAUGAUCUGGGGGAAGCUGAGUUCGCUCGCAUCAUGUCUCUGGUGGAUCCCGACGGCGCCGGUGUGGUGACCUUCCAGUCGUUCGUGGACUUCAUGACGCGAGAGACCGGAGACACAGAGACUUCGGAGCAGGUCAUCGCCUCCUUCAGGAUCCUGGCUGCGGAUAAGCCGUAUAUUCUGGUGGAUGAGCUGCGUCGGGAGCUUCCUCCGGAGCAGGCCGAGUACUGCAUCUCCAGGAUGCCUCCGUAUCAAGGACCUGAUGGAGUCCCGGGGGCGCUGGACUACACGGCCUUCUCUACGGUGCUGUACGGCGAGAGCGACCUCUAGCUGACCUCUAGCCGCGUGUGUGACCUCACUGUCGGACUCUGGCCGUGAUGCUCUUUCAUGUGUGAAAUACACCAGCACAUUUGCUGAACAUGAAAACGUGUGCUUCAUUUCAAAAUAAAGACUUUUAGCCAUUGCAUUUUGUGUUUGUAUGAAUUAUAAUGAUUAUAUAUAAGGGUCCAGAAGCCUGAGACU